AUGCUACACAAAGAGCAACUUGUUGGAACAAGAUCAUCAUUAUCAGUAUUAUCAAUAUCAAAAUCAAUGAUGAUUUUCGUCAUAAUCAAAUGUUCAAUUCUUCUAUUUGCUUCAAUUUGCACCACUAGUCAUGCACAACAAAUUCAAGAUCAAAAUGAUCUAUUGUCAAACAUCAAUAGUAAUAAUAAUCAAAACGAUUUGGAUUGUACAAAUGGUGGUCUUAUAACAUUCGAAUUGAUCACCGGUUAUGUACUGACAUCACCUGCCGAAACUGUUACAAUGAUGCCAGGUAUAUUACAGUUAAGCGAUUGUAUUGAUCGUUGCCAAAAAAAUCAAACCUGUAAAGCAUUAAAUUUUGAGACUGGACUAUGUGUACUACUCACGACCGCUGCUAAUGAUCAGACUACCGUAUUGACACCAUCACAAUUCCCGGUAUUCACUAUUUUUGCCCAGAAAAUCUGUCUGAAUAAAAAUUAUCAAAAAUGUGCCAAUAAAGGAUGGUCAUUUGAACGUGUAUUAGGAUUCGAAUUGAAGGAUAAAGAUUUACGACAAAUUCAAGUAUCAAAUCGUUUUGCAUGUAUGCAAGCUUGUCUAUCCGAACGGGAAUUUAUUUGUCGUUCAGCAAAUUAUGAUCCGGAUACCGGUGAUUGUACCCUUUCCGAUAUGGAUCGCGGAUCAAUUAAUCCGACACAUGAUCUUAAAAUGCGUACUUAUGGACCAUCAAGUGGAUCAACCGAAUACAUUGAAAACAAUUGUAUUGAAGAACCGAAAAAAUUGUGCGAUUUUCGUCCAAUUGAAGGAAAAUUAUUGAAAACGGUUGAUUUUGUCUAUCAAAAUGUCCAAUCAAUUGAUGAAUGUCGUGAAAAAUGUCUAUCAUCGCCAUAUCGUUGCCAUUCAUUCGAUCUGGGUGAUCCAAAUAAUCCGAAUCAUGUUUGUCGUACAAGUCAUCUGGAUAAAUAUUCAUUGGCUCAUAUUGAAGAUGCAUAUCUACAGGUUAACGGAGCCAUUACAUACGAAUUACAUUCAUGUUAUAACGUGAGUAUUCUUUGUAAAUCACGCGAAAUGAUUGCUCAUGUACAGACGACAAAAAUUUUCGAUGGAAAAAUCUAUGCAAAAUCAAAACCAAAUCUUUGUGUUGAAGAUAUCCAGAAUAGUUUGGAUUUUGAGAUACGAAUGAAAUAUCAUGAUGUUGAUUGUGACGUUAAAGAAGUUGUACAUGGCCACUUUAGUAAUGAUAUUGUCAUCCAACAUCAUGAUAUGAUUGUUACAACAAAAGAUCUUGGCUUAAGUAUUCAUUGUAAAUACGAUUUAUCUAAUCGUAGUAUUACGAAUAAUGUUAAUCUUUCCGUUGAUGGUGAUGUUGAUGCAACCGAUAGCCAAUCGGCCAUUGUAAGCUCACCAAAUGUAACAAUGAGAAUUACUGAUCGAUUGGGCAGUAACAUUGUUUCAGCUCAAGUUGGUGACCCCCUUAUGAUUCGUUUUGAAAUUGUUGAAGCAACAAGUCCAUAUGAAAUUUUUGUUCGAGAAUUAGUAGCUGUGGAUGGUCAAGAUCAAUCAGAAAUUUUAUUGAUCGAUUCAAAUGGCUGUCCAACUGAUAUCGCUAUAAUGGGCGCAAUGAAUAAGAUUGGCGGCGAUCGUAAAGCGAUUGAAGGUCCAUUUGAUGCAUUUAAAUUUCCAACAUCAGAAACGGUUCAAUUUCGUGCAUUAGUUACUCCUUGUUUACCAACAUGUGAACCAGUACAAUGUGAUAUAAGGGGUUAUGAUGGUGGUCUCAGAGAAUUAAGCUCAUUUGGCCGUCGAAGACGACGCCGUAGUAUACGUAGACGAAGUAUUUCUUCAAACCAUAUCAAUAAUGAUGAUAUUCUCAAUGAAGAAGAGAUAAUUGUUGCCAAAGCUAUCCAAAUUAAGGAUAAGUUUGCAUUUAAUGGCAAAGAUAAACGGAAAAAUCAAUCGGGACAACUGCAACAACAACAACAACAAGAUCAUCAUCGAUCUACAUACGAUUCAAAUGAAGAAGCAUUUAUUGUCUCACGGCGUGAUCUGAUUUCAAACACUGGUACCUGUUUAAAUUCAAUGGGAUUUAUAUUUGCCGGAUCAUUUUUUCUAUUGGCACAAUUGGUGUUAUUAUUAACAUGGGCAUGUCUACGUAGUAGAUCACAAUCAUUGCUAACGAAAACAUCAACAUUAUCAUCACCAUCAUUUUCAUCAUCAUCAUCCGCAUCAUGGGAUAUAAUGGAUCGUAGUAAAAUUAUUCGUCCAACAUUAUGCGCUAGUCAUAAUCAUCACAAUGUUUUCCAUCAUUAUCAACAAACAGGAAAACAUCAUGUAUGAUGCUGACAAUGAAACAAAUGAAAAUGUUAUGAACAGCAAUAGAAAGAAACAUUUUCCAAUUGUCUACUAAUUCAAGUGGAUUUUUGUUUGAUUGACGAACUACGAUAGAAUUUUUUUUCAAAUUCUUCAAUUUUUUCUACAUCUAAUCUAAAUUUAUUUUACAAAAUGGGAUUCAAGGGAAACAAACAAAAAAAACAGAAAAACAUUGACACUUUCAAAAGAACUCAAUUUUUUACAGCCAUUCAAUUUUCAUUUCAAUUUGUAAAUAUUUUUUGACGACUGAUUUGAAUAAUUUUCAAACCACACUAUUAUUUAUUGCCCAAUUAUUCUUCAUCAAACAAAAGAACAAAUUCUUGCCUUUUUAUUUAUUUAUUUAUUUAACUUAUUUAAAAAAUAAUUGUGGUCCAUUCGUUUUUUCAGACAAUCGGACCGACAAUCGAGUUGUUCUAAUUUUUCACACACACUUGAUGUGUUUUUUCAAUUGAAGUUUUGAAUUUCUAAUGUUUUUUAAAUCAUUUGUGCUUCAGCGAUUCUCCAGAUUUAGAUUUUUAAGCAAAUAAAAUUUUUGUCUCAUUAUUUUAA